UCCCCAGUGUUCAGUAGAAGACAAGAACACAGCAGCAUCGUCCUUCCUGUCAUCUUUGGCAUCAUAUGUUUAGUGGGCAUCAUUGGUAACUGCAUCGUCAUCUAUACCAUCAACAAAAAGCCGAAAGGGAACCACAACAUUGCUGAUAUCUUCAUAGUUAGCCUGUCUGUAACUGAUCUCCUCUUUCUCCUUGGCAUGCCCUUCCUUAUUCACCAGUUGCUGGGAAAUGGAGUCUGGCAUUUUGGAGCCACCAUGUGCACAAUCAUCACCGCUCUUGAUGCCAACAGCCAGUUUGCAAGCACCUACAUCCUCACUGCCAUGUCCGUUGACCGAUAUCUGGCCACGGUGCACCCAAUUCGCUCUUCCUAUGUGAGGACCACUUGUGCAGCGGCCAUGGUUAUCCUGCUGUUGUGUCUGUGUUCCCUUAUUACCAUCAUCCCAGUCUUCAUGUACACCCAACUCAUCGAGCUUCCCGAUGGCAAUGCCGGAUGUGGCAUAAUCUUGCCUAACUUAUCUAUAGACAUCUAUUGGUACACCCUCUACCAGUUUUUUUUGGCAUUUGUCAUCCCACUCCUGAUCAUCUGUGUGGUCUACAUCAAGAUCCAGAAGCACAUAUCCUGCAUGGUGGUCCCUUUGCCACAAAGGAAUUUCCGUGUGAGGUCCAAGAAGAUUACCAGAACAUCUGUAACAAUCUGUUCGGCCUUCUUCAUUUGCUGGGCACCUUAUUAUAUUCUUCAGCUGGUGCACCUCAAAGUUGAGCACCCAACAGUGAUGUUCCUCUAUGCCUACAAUGUGGCCAUCAGUCUUGGGUACGCCAACAGCUGCAUAAACCCUUUCAUUUACAUUGUGUUGAGUGACACUUUCAAAAGACAUUUGAUCAAGGCAGUGUGCCCAGGGCAACAGCUAAGAAGGAACGAGAGGAAUGCGACUAGUGAGGUCAGCCCAUCUGUUAGAAUAUGCUCUGUUCCAACUCAGGAGACCUCCUUAAGUAUGAUGUACUCUCAUAACAUAGACAAUUUUAUCUCUCUCUCUGUUUCGGUUCCAUAA